AUGAAACUGCUCUCGUGGAAUUGUCGGGGUUUGGGGAGACCCCUGACAAUCCACAAUCUUAAAGGGAUUUGCAAAUCCUACUCCCCCGAGGUUGGUUUUAUCUGUGAAACAAAAAAUCAAUCUCGACAAGUUGAAGGAAAACUAAGAUCUUGUGAUUUCAAGGAAUGGUUUAUUGUAGAUCCGGAUGGAUUAUCAGGGGGUUUGGCAAUGGCAUGGAGGGAUGGUUGCACUGUUCAGAUUUUACAGCAUGGUCGAUUUUUCAUUGUGGCAUCAGUUCUGACAGCUGGUUCUAAUGAUCCAUAUGGUAUUCUAGGUGUUUAUCUCAGUUCAAAUGAUCAACAUAGAAUGACUCAAUUUGCUGAAUUAACUUCAGUCACCCAACAAUGGCUUCAAGGACCAGUGAUUAUGGAGGAAGUGAAACGUGCAACAUUUAGCAUUCAUCCUCAAAGUGCUCCAGGAGAUGAUGGUAUGACAGCAAAAUUUUUUCAAAGCUUCUGGAACAUACUUAGUGGUGAUGUGUUUCGAGCAGUUAAGAGCUUCUUUUCUGGGGGCAGAAUCUUGAAGGGUUUUAACCACACUCAGAUCUGUCUUAUUCCCAAGAUUUCUGAUGCUAAAGAUAUGACUCAGUUUGGUUUUGACUCCCGGUGGAUCAUGUGGAUUCGAGAAUUAGUGACAACUGUUUCUUAUUCUGUUAUUGUGGAAGGACAACCUUAUGGUUUCUUCAAACCAAAUAGAGGUCUCUCCUUCUUGCUACACAAGGCAAAACAAAAUAGACUAAUUCAGGGUCUUCAGAUACAUAGGCGAUGUCCCAAGGUCAACCACCUCCUGCUUGCUGAUGAUUCCAUUUUAUUCUGUAAGACUAAUCCUGAAGCAUGUUCAAAUAUCCUGCAUUUAUUGAAUUCUUAUGAAAGCAUCAGUGGCCAGAGGGUAAAUCUUAAUAAAUCUGUUGUAUUCUUUAGCCACAACACUCCGUCCACUACUCGUACACUACUGGCUAACUCUAUGAAUAUUAAUGAUAUUGGGGCUCAGGAUAAAUACCUUGGUUUGCCUUCUACAGUCUCUAAAUCGAAAAAGGCUUCUUUUAGUAUGAUCAAAGAAAAGGUUCGGAAAAGAAUCCAAGGGUGGAAGCGCAAUCUUCUUUCGUCAGGUGGUAGACACAUAUUGCUUAAGGCAGUGGGAGAAGCUAUUCCUAUUUAUACAUUGUCUUGCUUCAAGUUGCCUGAUGGUUUAAUUUCGGAAAUUCACUCUCUACUUUCUCAGUUCUGGUGGGGACAAAAAGGCAAACAGUUUUGGCGACUUGUAACACAGCCUACUUCCUUAUUAUCCAAAAUCCUAAGAGGUAAAUACUUUAGCAAUGGUAAUGCUAUAACGGCAGAAAUUGGAGUCUUACCUUCUUGGGGAUGGAGGAGCAUACUGGAAGGCCGAAAGAUUGUUGAAAAAGGUCUUAAUUGGGCUGUGGGUACUGGUGAGGAUAUCCGAACCUUUGAGGAUCCUUGGCUGCCUCCUCCGUAUCCUUUAAUGAUUUAUGACAUGCCAAAUAGACAGGCUAUUUCUGAGUUGUUUCCAAGAGUUAAAGAUCUAAUUACUGAAGUUAGAAAUUGGAAUCAGAAUCUCAUUCAAGAACUAUUUCCCCAAGACGUUGCAAAUAAGAUUUUGUCAGUUCAAAUUCAGCAGAGUAGGGACAAAUUGCAAUGGGAUUUGAACAAAUCCAAACAAUAUAAUACAGCUUCAGUGUAUUCCUGUGCUGCCAGAACUCUCCUCGAGAAAGAGGUUAGCGUUGACACUUUAGACGACAAUGGCGUUGGUGGUGUCGCUUAUGCUGCUGUAGGACGAGGCUAUGGGGGUGGUGAAGGUGGUGGAGGUGGCUAUGGAGGAGUAGGAGGAGGAUAUGGCAAAGGUGGAGGAUAUGGAGAAGGGGGUGCUGCCGGGGGAGGGAGUGGUGGUGGUGGUGGUGGAGGCAGUGGUGGCGGUGGAGGGGGUGCUCAAGGUAUGGCUCGCACGGUCUCCCGGGCUUCCCCUUCUCCCGCGGCGUAUGAUCCCUACGCUUGGGUCGUUUCCGACGUGAAGGAUUCGCCUAAUUAA